AUGUCCUCAGGAUACCAACAGGAGGUUAUUGGAGCUGCUAUUAGGCAGAAGCAGUUGGCAGAAGUGGAAUAUCUUCAUGCUCAGCUGCAGCAGGAGCACAAUCGAGCACGAGGACUGGAGACGCAGUUAGCCGAGGCCAAAGAGAACCUAGACAUUGAGCAAAGUCAUGUUGUGAAUCUCCACCGAAGAAUCGUCAAUAAGGAUGAUAAGAUUGAUCGUCAGGAAGCCGACGGGGAUCUUCGAGCCGAGAUACUCCGCUAUGAGAGAUUUGAGUAUGUGCCUGAGGAGGUAGACAAUCUUCGGGCGAGCCUUUCCCGGGUCCAGGGUAUUGCCGCCGAUAAGACAUUAUUAGCCGAUAACUUGGAAAGUCAGUGUGAACGAUUGAGACUUCAAAUCAGAGACUUGCAUGUUGAUCGCAAGUGGAUUUUACAAGAGAAGGAUGCUACCGAGAAGUCUAACCAAGAAUUACAUGAGAAGCUUCGUAGAUUCAACCAAGUAUCCCAAGAGUUUGAAUGGGUUCAAGCUCAAUUGCCCGAUCUGCAGAUAGCACAUGAUCGGCAGAAGGCUGACUGGAGUGAUCAUAAGAAAUACUGCCCCACCAAUGAGUUCAAUGAGCAACGUUAUAAUAAGUUAACUGCGAAGAUUUCAUCUCUGGAAUCUGAGCAAGGAAAGGUGAAAUCUUUGGAGGGGGAGGUUGCUCGACUAAAGACUCGGGAAACUCAGUUGCUCGGGAAAGUUGCAACUGCGGAAGCUGCGUCGACCCAACUGACCCUUGAUCUAGCUGUUGAGAAAGACAAGUUCAAGACCGAGCUCGUCACAAAGGUCAAGGAAGGCGUGAAGGCGGUUAUCGAGAAUAAGCGGGCCGACGUCGCUGCUAAGAAAGCUGGUUCAGGAUCAGCUCAGCCUAAGGAAUAG